AUGUCGGAGCUGACCUUCACCAAAUCAUUCCUGUCCACGCUGGAUUCACGGCCAAUCAAGCUUCGCGCCGAUCAUGUCUUCGACCCUGAGCAAAUUGGACUACGAGUUCCCUACAUCCUCCCCCGCCUUUCGGGCCCGCACCCUCCGAUGCCCAAAAAAGUGAGGUCAACACAGGCACCAGGCUCCUCUAAAUCAAUCACUGUCCGGGUCAAGUCUGCCCGCAACCCUGCUCUUGAAUUCCUGAUCUCCAAUGCCCCCCUCUCGACCACCUCUCUCCAGGACAUUCGGGAUGCUGUGCAAUUGCGCGUCACCGAUGUGCAGGGAGACCAAGUUCCGCUAGACAAGAUCAAGAUCUUAUACAAGCGCAAGCCAGUGGCUGGAACGGGGAAGACACUAGCUGAGAUAUUGGCAGACGAGCCCAUGAUUAUGGCGGGAGGCAAAGAAGUCGAGAUCGGGGUAAUGAUCAUAGGUGGCGCUCAGGUGGUUGAAUCCAUUGUGACUCAAAAGGAGAUUGCAGAGAAGCGGGAUGAAACACCACCAAAGCCUGCUAUAUGUCUGAGUGGCGAGGAAGCGUUGCAUACAGAGGCUUUCUGGGAUGACCUGCAAGGCUAUCUCGAGCAGCGAUUGAAGGACGAGGAAGAAGCAAAACGGUUGAGAGUGAUGUUCAAGGAGGCAUGGAGCUUAGCCAAGUAG